AUGGAGAACAGACCAUCAUUCGAUAUAUACUGCAUGUUUAUACAUAGAUUGAAGCAGAGAUCAUCUUUGGACUAUAGAAACAAGCUGGCUCUGUUGGCAAAGGAUCCAUCAAGUCCACAGAUGUUCCAAUUCGCACAACAACUCUCUGACGUCUCAAAGCAAUAUGAUACAUUCUACUUCUCAGAGAAGGCAAGAGACUUGGCACAGAUUGAUGUCAAGGAGUUGGUAAAGGCAACUGAGGACUAUCUAUCAAUGUUGGGUGGAUUCAUUGGUGAUACAUUGGCUGCAUCAUCAGUGAUGCCAACAGUCGGAAAGGUCAAGUCAAUUAAUGAGAUUGAUGAUGACUACGAGAACAGUGACAAGGAUGAUGACAAAGAGGACAAGGAUGAAAAGGAGGACGAUGAUAAAGAGGACAAGGAGGAGAAGGAUGGUGACGACGACAGCAGCAGUGACAAAGAGGAUGACAAGGAUGACGAUGACAAGGAUACCAAAAAGGCCAUCAAACAACAGGUCGAAUCACUUCGUACUAGAUUGCAAUUCCAGUGGACUACUCUGGCUGGCCAGCAACGUGUGAUCAAGUCGAGCGAUGCAUUGAUGGAGAUUGCCAACGUUGUAUUCAAUCUUGGCAUUUGGUACAUGGGCUACUCACAGUCGCUGCUGACCACCAACCAGAAGGAGGACGGCAUCGAGGAGGAGGUGAGACAGGUGAUCUACGACUACUUGCUUAAAGCCGCCGGAUGCUUCCAAUUCCUGCGCGACAAGGUGGCGCCCAAGUUGAAGAAGAGCGAGCGUGGCGUGGACUUUGGCGACUCGAUGCUCAAGGCCCUCUUCCUCCAGGCGCUUGGCCAGUCGCAAGAGAUCACCAUUGGCAGAGCGUUCAAGAAGAACACGUCCACGUCGGUCAUCUGCAACCUGGCCGUCGACACUUCCAAGAUCUAUCAAGAGGUGCUGGACUCGCUCAACACCAUCGACAACCUGUUUGAGGCGCGUCUGGAGAAGCUGGUCGUGUUUAUCAACUAUAAGAUGUCGGUGUACCAGUCGCUCGCCUACUAUCUGGCCGCGUUCAACCAGAACGCCACACACAAGUACGGUGACGCCAUCGUGUCUGGUCGCCAGGCAAGCUUCGCCCUCAAGAACGCCACGUCAUUGAUCGACACAUGUGUCAGUGUGACAAUCACGCGCGACGCCCUCAAAGGCCCAACCAACUAUCUCAGCAAGAUCCUGGGCACCGAGAACACAAGGUUCGAGCGUGAGAACACGGUCAUUGGAUACCAGACCAUCCCAGACGAGGUGGUCGCCCUACCAGAUGGAAACAGACUUGCCAAGCCCAGAGAGUUUGUCAUGCCCCCAACCAACAGUGCCUGGGACGAGAAGACCUACGCCCUGUUUGAUGCCAACAAGAAGCUGUCAGAGAGUGACAUCACUGCAUUGAAGGUGGUCUCGCCCAAACUAGAGUCGACCAAGGCACCAGCAGCUGCUAAAGAGUCCAAGGAGGAAGAAAAGAAUGAUUAUGUUGAGGAAGCCGCUUCAUCAUCAUCAUCCUCGACCGCCACCCAGUCUGCAUCCAACCAAUCAAAUGCCAAACCAGCAAAGAGUGGAUGCAUCAUCAACUAA